GUGACAACCAACCCAGGGCAACCAAAUAACUGAACACGAUCUCUCUUUCUUUCUCUAUUCAAGAAAAAAGAGAAACGAGGUUCCAAAUUUCGAUUUACACAUUCAGGUACUCAAGUUUGCUUCGCAUUCUCUCGGAAUUCUCGAAUCGGUCACUCUUCGAGCCAGACAAUCAUUUCUCCAGUUUCGAUGCAGAUCUGAAUCUCGUUUGCGAGGCAGUUCGAUCAUGAUCGUCUGAAUGUCUGAGAAUCUCGAGCAUAAGAUAGUGAAUCACGAGUCAGGACAGCAUUCCGAAGGCUAUGAAGCUGCUGGAGGAAGCCAAGAGCAAAAUGUAGAGGGGAUCUCAAAUGAAAAUGAAUAUCUGGCAAUGAAUCCGGAUACUUCUGGAGCAUCUGAUUUGGGGCAUGACCAUGCGGCCAAAACUGAAGAACAAUCAAAUGGAACUAUCCAAUCCCCACCUGAACCCUCCACUGAUAGUAAUCAGAUAGAAAGUGUUGAUCUGGAUAAUGCGGCUUUGAUAGGUACAGCACGAGAAGAUCACGUUGACAAGAGAUCUACGGAUACUGCAAAAGACGAUGCAUUUGUUGAUUACCCAAACGGGCUUAACACGUACGAUGUUAGGAAAAUUGAUACGAAGGAAGAAGUGGAAGUAGGAGAAGCGAAAGAGAAAUCUGAAGCAAAUCGGACUCUACAACGGCCGAGUUAUUCUGGUGAACUGGGCAAUGAGGUAAGAGAUGGUUACCUGACACACCAGCAAGAACAGUCGCAGCAUUCAAUGGUCAAGACCGUUACUGAUGAAGAUAGUAUUGCGCAACAAUACAAGGAAGAAAGAGAAACUUUAGCCCAAGUUGUGCUCAAUCUUCACCGUCAGCUAAAGGCUCUCGCUGGUGAGGAGUCAUUGCCAAAUGACGCUAAUGUUGAAGUUAGGGAUCAGGAGGUUCAAAUGGCUAAUAUUCCAACGAAGGAACUGAUGAAUGAAUGCUUGGAGUUUGCUAUAACUACUUCUGAAGAACGAUCAAACGCUGAGGCUACCAUGAGGCACCUUCAAUCCCUUCUUUCAAUGAAAGAUAAAGAGAUACUAGAUCUUAAUACAAAGGUUGCUGUUUCAUUAGUAUCACAAGAUGUCGCUGAAUGCGUUGCAUCUUCCUUUGACUCAAAUGAGAAGAAUUCAGAAGUUCAGCUUGAAAAGUAUCGUAAUAUUGAGAUUGUGAUGGAUAAAAUAAUACUCUCAAUUGCAACAGUAGUCAAUCAAGAGCAAGUAUUGGAUGAUUCUGUUAGUGGCAAAAUAGUUCAUAUUGAAAAAGGAACUUCUCUUUUGAUUGAAAACUAUAAUCAAAUCAAGUCUGAAAUUGAACAAUUUGCGCAAUCGUUCUCUAAGGUAGCAUUGGAUACAAGGGAGAACUGUGCUAACAACAUCCUUGUCGCUGCUUGUGAUGAAUUACUAGGGCUCAAGAGAAAGGAAGCAGAACUCGUUGAAAAAGUAGCUCAUUUAGAUGAUGAAAAUCAGGAAAUGGUGGAAGAACUUGAUAAGGUGAGGGCACUGACAAGGACGUUGAAUGCAGAACUUGAGAAUAUGAAAACGGAACUCGAGCAGUAUAAGGUUAAUUAUGCCAACACCAAAGAAAAGCUUAGUAAGGCAGUGGGAAAAGGAAAGGCAUUGAUACUGAAGCGUGAGACAUUAAAGCAGUCUCUUGUUGCUAAAUCCACUGAGCUUGAGGCCUGUUUGAUGGAGUUGAAAGAGAAGUCAGAUAUGCUAGAAGCUGCUGAAAUUACAAAAGAGGAGUUAGUCCGGAGUGAAAAUAUGAUUGCAUUCCUGAAGAAUUCCUUAGAACAAAGUAAUACAUUUUUUGAAAAAGCAAAAGAAAUCUUGUCAGAAACUGAACCUGAUAAACCUGAAUUGUCAGAUGAGCAGGAGAGAUUAAGAUGGCUUGUGGAUGAUAGAAAUAUGCUCAAGGAUGCAUUCCUAGAGUUCGAAAAAUUGCAGGAUGCUCUAUCUUUGAUGGACAUGCCAGAACCUGUCUCAUCAUCAAAUUUAGAAUCUCAAAUAAAUUGGCUCAGUGGCUUUUUUCGAAGUGCCAGGGAUGAUAUGAAUGUUUUGCAUGAAGAAAUUUCUACGAUUAAGGGAUCAGCCCAAGACUGUAUAGACCACUUAAGUCUAUCACUUUUGAUGGGAUUCCAGGAAAAAUAUUACCUUCAAGCCGAAUUGGCUAAUUUGAGGGACAAAUAUGGGGAGAUUUUUCAAAAGAGUCUUCAGAUUUCACAAGAGAAGGAUUAUAUUGUGAAAACCUUAGUUGAGCUCUCCAACAUUAACAUGGCAGAUAAUAAUAUUGACCUAUUUUCUUCUGAUACAUUUGCGAUCAUUAACCUCUGCUUCCAAAUGAUAAAACAACAUAGAGGUCCGUCCCCUGAAAUGCUAGAAAGAAUUAAAAGUCUCUUGUAUCUUAAAGACAGUGAAUUAACACUCUAUGGGGAUGUACUAGAAGACGAGAUUCUGAUUAGAUCUGAGAUGAAUAAGCUGUCAAAUGAGUUGAAAGUGGCACGUGAGGAAAUUCUAAGAUUGAAAGAAGAGAAGGGCUCCCUACAGAAAGAUCUUGGACGAUCUGAGGAGAAGGCAGCUCUGCUUAGGGAUAAAUUAUCCAUGGCAGUUAACAAAGGCAAAGGGUUAGUUCAAGACAGGGACAACCUAAAAAGUUUUCUAGAUGAAAAGACCUUGGGGAUUGAGCAGUUAAAGCUUGAUAUUCAAAAUCAAGAAUCUGUAAUUUCCAAUUACAGGGAACAGAUUAAUAGAUUAUCUCAGGAGUUGGAAAGCAUUCCAAAGCUGAAGUCUGAUCUUCUGUCAAUGGAAAAUGAAAGGAAUCAAUUUGAGCAGUUCUUGUUAGAGAGAAAUAACCUGUUACAGAGACUGGCAGAGUCGAUAAAUGGUAUAGUUCUUCCAGUUGAUUUAGUAUUUGAAAAACCUGUGCAAAAGGUGAGGUGGCUUGCUGGUUAUGUCAGUGAAUGUUUGAAUGCCAAACUACUUGCAGAGAAAGAGUUGCAGCUAGUAAAGGAGGGAGCCAGUGUUUCUGAAAGAAUAUCAGCUGAAGCCCAGGAAAAUGUUAAAUCCAUGGAGAAAGCAUUAUCUUCUUCAGAGAAUAGUAUUUUUCAACUUGCUGAAGAAAAGAGGGAAUUAGAAGUUGAGAAAAUGAACGUUCAGGAGGAAUUACAGAAAGUGAAAGAAGAAGCUGCUGAGGUUUGCAUGAGUGUGAUAUCACUUAAAGAUACAUUAUUACAGACAGAAAAUUCUAUUUAUAUUCUCUCCAAUGAAAAGGAGCAGGAUCAAGACAAUAGGGAAGCUGUAGAUACGGACUUAGAGAGAGUUAAAGAAGAAGCUACACCACAAACAUGUAAACUAGCGGAUGCCAGGAAAAAUAUAGAGGAUAUAGAAAAUGCACUAUCUGGGGUUAAGAGUGAUGUUAUUUUGUUGACCGGAAAACAUAAUAAUGAUCAAAUUAUCAAGACCAACAUGGAAAAUGAGUUGGAAAAAUGGCAAGAUGAAGCUGAUUAUCAGGCUCGGAAAUUGAAGGAUUCAUCUGAAACUAUCAAAUCCUUGAACGAUGCAUUGCUGAAAGCACAAGAUGAUAUUUCUAUCCUUGAAGAUGCAAAUAAACUUGCUAAAGAGGAGAUAUCAACACUCCAACUCAAGUUAAAUUCAUGCCUUGAUGAGUUAGCUGGUAAGGGCCGCAGCUUUCAUAAUGAAUCUGUUGAGCUCAUUGGAUUCCUCAACGAUUUACAAGUUCUUAUUAAAGAGGAUACUUUAUCUCCCAGAGUAAAACAAAGUCUGGAAAAGAAAUUUGAGAGCCUGAAGACCAUGGAUCUCCUUAUUGAAAAUACCAGGGACCGUAUUUAUGACAUGACUGGCAUGGAACCUAAAAGACAUCUUACUCUAGACGAAGAUUUGCUUGUGAGAAAAGAUUUGUCCAAUGGCAUUGAAAGGUUUGACGACAAAUCUGAAAACAGUGAGAUAAAUGAUGCUGAUAUUGAUGGUAUAAUUUCGUUAUUUGGAAAACUAGUGAAAGAGUUUCAGGUGAGAAACAAACUCAUUGCUGAAAAGUUUGAUGCUUUCUCUGUUUGUAUCGACGAGUUAGUCACUCUUCUUUCAGCAAAACUACAAGAACUAAAGACUGAUGUGGAAACUACCUUUAAGUACAUGGAAACUCUGAAAGAAAAAGCAAAUACCAUGGAAAUAUUAAGAGAUAAGAAGGAAAAAACUAUUGACACUUUAGAGAAUGAUAUUGAAAUUUUGAUGUCUGCGUGCAUUGAUUCAACCAGAGAACUUCAGAUAGAAAUUGAAAGGCAUGUUAUGGAAUCAGAUUCCAAUUUUGAGGUGGAAAAAUUUAAAAAUGAAAAAGAUGUACAAGAAAGCAAUCAGCAGAACAACAAAUAUAUGGAAGCAGCACAAAAGUUGAUAAAUGCUACUAGAAUAACUCAAACUUUUUUGAAACAAUUUGAACUAAGAAGCAAGGAGGUAGCUGCUACAGUAGAAGAUCUGCAGAAUAGGUUGAAUGGAACAAGAGUUGAUUUGGAUAUGGUCGUUGAAGAAAGAGAUCUUAAUCAAAAUAGAUCUGUACAACUAGAGUCUGAUAUACAAGUACUACGAAGUUCAAGCAGGGAGCUUAGAAAUGAUUUAGCGGAUUAUCAUGCCUUACAAGACAAGUUAAAAGAAAAAGAGACAGAAAUUUUAUCAUUGCAUAGUACUUUAUCAGCAAAAGAACAAGGGACAGAGAGAUCUCUCCUUUCCACAUCUGAGGUUAGGGCCCUUUCUGGCGAGAUAGAUAAGAUUGAAAUACCUGUCAUGGAGUCAGAAGAAGAUAUGGAGUCCCAUACUUCAGCCACUGUAGAGAAGCUUUUUCACAUCAUUGAUUUUGUUACUAGUUUGGAGCAACAUAUGAAUUCUUUGUCUCGUGACAAAGAAGAGCUGCAUUUAACCAUUGACAAAAAAGUUCUUGAAGUUAAGCGUCUGAAGGCGGAACUCAACCAACUUAAUAGAGAUUGGGAAGAUUCCAAAAAUGGGAAGAAUGAUGACUCUGAGCUUACCUUUUCUUUGGAGAAAAUACUAGAUAUGUUGGGAGGCAGUGAUUGGAACGAAGACAAAAAGUCCGCAGGUGUGAAGGGACUAAUGACAGUACUGGACAAGCAGGUUGCGACUAUUCUUCUAGUAUCUGAAAAAUUAAAAGCUAGAGACCAGGAACUGAGUAGUAAGUUGCUUGGUAGCCAGAAGGUCAUUGAUGAAUUAACGACCAAGGUCAAGUUACUUGAACAUUCACUUCAAAAUGGGACUUCUCAGCCAGAGAUUCAUCAAGAAAGGAGCGUAUUUGAAGUAGCCUCAUUACCCGUUGCAUCUGAGAUAUCUGAAAUUGAAAAGGGAUCCCUUGGAAUGAAAGCAAAAUCUUCUAUCCCACCGGCUUCUCACAUGCUAAAUAUGCGAAAAGGGUCUACUGACCAUCUUGCAGUUGAUAUUGAUUCAGAAUCUAAUAGCUUAAUCAAAGAAGCUAAUAUUGAUGAUAAAGGGCAUCUAUUCAAGUCUCUCAACACAACUGGAUUUGUACCCAAACGAGGAAAGUUAAUUGCAGAUCGUUUGGAUGGAAUCUGGGUAUCUAGUGGUCAGGCUCUCAUGAGUCGUCCCAGAGCAAGGUUAGGAGUUAUUGGUUAUUUGUUCAUCUUGCAUGUAUGGCUAUUGGGAACGAUCUUGUAGUUGUAGAGGAAGUUGUCAUCAUCAUCAUCAUCCAUCUCAGCAGCUAGGUUGCAUAGAUACAGGUACGAGUAUCCGAUACGAUACAGCAUGAUACGGGGAUACGGCAAAUUUUCAAAAUUUUAGGAUACGGGUACAGGGAUAUUUAUAAUGUAUAUUUCAACAUUUUAUGAUAUAAGUAUAGGUAUUUUGAUUUUUAAACAAGAAUUUCUAUAGUAAUAUAAAGAUAUUUAUAGUAAUUAACUAAAAUAUUAAGUAUUUUUCCAAGUUUUUAAGUGAUAUAGUAAGAAGUUAUUGAAAAAAAAUCAUAUCACAAAUGUUAGAAUCUGGGAUACGUAUGCAGAAGUAUCCUACAAGUAUCGUAUCGGAUACGUAUCGGAUACGGGUACGUUUACUUUUUUGAAGUAUCCGUGCUAAAUAGUCAGCAGUGCAACACUAUAUACCUAACCAGAGCUGUCUACUUGUCAUGACUCCCUUGCUUUGCAAUUCAACAGUGACAUUUCAAUUCUGAAUUUUCAAAUUGUAUAUAUAUCAUGAAACAUUGAUGCUUCAAAAGAUCGUAAUUUGUUUGUAAUUUUUUAUAGUCACUAUCCCAUUUUGUUCUCUA